CAUAUGCUUAAUAUAAGUCUAAUGCAAGAGGUUCUGAUUUAACUCUGCAUUUGCUUAAUAUACAUCUAAAGUGGCCAGAAGAGUUGAAUAUGGCAAAAGUAGUUUCUCGUUGCUUCAGCAGACUUCUGUGCCCUCUGGACUUUUUUUUUCCCCAAUUAUGUAAAAGCUCUAUAUGUAUUAGUACAGAAGGCAGAUGCAUGUGUGUGAGGAUUACUGUUGGUGUUUACAUAAUGGAUUAUCCAAGAUUAAGUGUUUUGUACAGGCGUAUGAGUGAAAAUAACCAAUUAAUGACUUUGCAGACUUAUUAUUUAAAGGCAGCUAGAAGGUAGUUCAUACAAAAACUCUUCCACUAACCACAACCUAAAGACCAAGAUAGAGUGAAGUAGAAGAGGUCCAGCUAUCCCAACAGGUAUGUCCCUUUCAGUAGAGAAAAAUCAGAAUGAAAAAGAAACAGUAUAUUUUCCUACUCAUGCUCCUCUCUGCUGUUGAAUAUUGCUUAGCUCAUUCUUGUGCAGUGGAUUCUUUCUCUGUGAAAGAGAACUUUGACCGAAAGAGGUAUUCAGGGAGAUGGUAUGCCUUAGCUAAGAAGGACCCAGAAGGUCUCUUCCUGCAGGACAACAUCUCUGCUGACUACACUAUUGAAGAAGAUGGCACAAUGACUGCAGCUUCCAAAGGGAGAGUGAAACUCUUUGGAUUCUGGGUGAUAUGUGCUGACAUGGCUGCUCAGUACACUGUACCAGACCCUGCCACACCAGGCAAGAUGUAUAUGACUUACCAAGGUCUGGCUAGCUACCUGUCCAGUGGAGGAGAUGACUACUGGGUGAUUGACACCGAUUACGUUAACUAUGCUGUUACAUAUGCCUGUCGUACAAGGAAAGAGGAUGGAACGUGUGAUGAUGGGUACUCCAUUAUCUUCUCACGCAACCCUCGUGGUUUCUCACCAGCCAUUCAGCGUAUUGUGCGUCAGAAACAGGAAGAGAUCUGCAUGUCUGGACAGUUCAAGCCUGUGCUGCAGUCAGGGGCCUGCUAAAGACUACAGUUUGAUUCUAAGAAUGAAAGCCGGAUCUCUUGGUCUUGAAGUUGCCAUCUAUCUGAAAAAAACCCCAGAAUCAUAGCUUGGACUAGUGUUUUUCCUGGAAAACACUGUUGAAAUAUUUUGUUGCUGUUUGUUUGGUUUUCUGGGUUUUUGGUUGUUUUUUAUUUUAUUUUAUUUUUUUUGUGGUAACUUCUGUGCAAUACCACACUGGGUAUCUGAAUUUUCAAGGGAAUAACUAGUGUAAUAUUUGUCAAUAUUUUUUAAACACAUGCCUAUUGCUAUGUACAGCAUGUCUCACUUAACCUAAGUUUAUAUCCUAAUUCCUAAGUAAUGAACCCUUGUGGAAUGGUUAGAUCGCUACUGUGAUCCCACUACUUUAUGCUGAAUAACAGAAGGAAAAAAUUAGGUUUUGGAUGCAGGUCCUGUUCAGGUCAAAACAACUUAAAUGCAGAAUAGGUACGUUUAUUAGCUGUGUAUAAAUUAUUGUCAAGUAUUAUAAAUACUUCAUCUCCCUGACCAUCCUGGUCAAAGUGCAGUGGCCACUGGAAUGACUGAAUACCCACUAAUUACUCAUCUCACUCACAAGGAAUUAUCAGGGUGGAGUUGAAUGAACUUUGGAUUCUAGUCUCACUGGGCAUUUCUACACAUGCAUUUAUGCUGGCUUAAAUUUACUGCAUAGUAAAUUACUGUGCAGUAAGUGGAAAUAAGCAGACAUCUACAAGUGCAGGCAUUAAAGUCCAUUAACACUGCGUGUGGAUUGAUUUGGGACUAAAAUUAAUCCCAAGCCACUUACCCCACACAGCAUUAAUGAGCUUACUGUGCAGUAAUAUGUAGUGGGGGAGAGACAGGCUAGGGGGGAGUGGGGAAGGGGAAUGAAUGUAGUGGUAAAUAGUUUAC